UUUGUGCAACGCCUCGCUUGCUAACCUGGGUUGUGUCUUCAUGUUGAAAGUAUGGGCACAGGUUUGGUAAUGUCUGUGCACAUGCUGUGUGUGGGUUUGGGAACAAGCCGAGAGUCGGGCUCAGCCGUGUGCAAUUUCUUCACUAAAGGACUCUGUGAGAAAGGGAAGCUCUGCCCGUUCCGGCACGACCACGGGGAGAAGAUGGUAGUGUGUAAGCACUGGCUCCGGGGCCUGUGCAAGAAGGGCGACCAAUGCAAGUUCCUGCACCAGUACGAUGUCACCAGGAUGCCUGAGUGCUACUUCUACUCCAAGUUCGGUGAAUGCAGCAACAAGGAAUGUUCCUUUCUUCACAUGAAGCCAGCUUUCAAGACCCAGGACUGUCCUUGGUACGACCAAGGUUUCUGCAAGGAUGGUCCCCUGUGUAAAUACCGCCAUGUCCACAGGAUAAUGUGCAUUAACUACUUAGCUGGCUUCUGCCCUGAGGGACCCAAGUGCCAAUCUGCUCACUUCUCAACUGGCCACGGGGUUCAGCACCUUCUGCUUCUGCCUGGGGACCUCGCAAGCCCCCUUCCCCAAUGGAUUGCCUGCGUCUCCCCCCUCAGAUGAGGCCCCAAGAGCGGCUGGUCUCCUACUGCCUGGGGCUCAGGGUGCCGGAGCAGGGCCCCUGCUACAGGGUAAGAGGGCUGUUGUUCUUUUGAGGGCUGGAGGGUGGGGGUGACUCCCUGCAGAAAGUGUGACUACUUUUCUGCCACAGAUAAGAAAACCGUCCGUGGGUUUAGGAGUGUGAAUUCAGAGAGUGAGGGGAUACCGGUAAACCAAAUGUUCCAACUGGAAAGUCUCAACAACCGAAUCUUAUUUGUAAAUAUCUCCUGCCCGAUGAGACUAUUUAUUUCUUUUAAAGGCUAAUAAGUGAAACGUCUUUCAUUUCUUACUUUGAUGCCUAGGAAUUCUCUGGAGUUAUUUAUAGAGAGUGUCCUCAGGGUUUGGGGGCAGAGGUUGGUAAGGAAGUGAACGGAGCACAUGGGUUUUCUUUGGGCUAUCUCCUGGUUUAGCAGAAAGAACCUCAUGUUUUAUCAUAUUUUCAUGAGAUAGCCUCUAACUGCCUUGAGCUUUGACUCCUCUGCUCUGCCAGAGAUAGUUGGAACACAGACCGUGGAACUUCCUCGUGCAUUUGAUUUAAUGGCCUUUGAACACCCAGAGGCCUGUUUUCUCAGAUAGUGACGCCCAGCUUGUAUCUCAAGGUCUUUCAGGCCUGAAACGGGGCUCCACUUAGGAGCAGAAUCCACUCAAUUCCUAAGAAAGCCCGCUAACUUUCUCCUUUGGCUCCCUAGACGAUUUAGGUUUUUUUCUGUUGGAAUUUGAAUUCACCAAGUCAUGACAUUAACGUUUUCUCUUGCAGUGUCGAAAAAUGGGCCAUUAUGCCAGUAAAUGCAGUAAGACUGAACUGGUCAGUCACUGAAGCAUAACCUCAGGUGUGUCUGGGGACUGGAGGACCUGCCAGUAAAAACCUCCUUGGCCUUCCUGUGGCCUUCUCUGUUCCCAAUGUCCCAGUGAACCCGGUUGUUGGCCUACACAGGAUACGAGAGGCAAAGUGGCCUGCUGUAUUUAGGUUUAUUUCUUCUUAUCCUGGAAGUGAGCUAGCUCCUGAGAAUACAACAGGACCGGAGGCAGGUUGACUGUGUGGUAGGAUAAGUUAUCCACACAAUGGGGAAGCAGAGUAUGUGUACAACCAUACAAGCUUGAAUAUACGGCACUAGUCAUCAUCACACUCUGCUCAGCUCCUGCAGAGAUGUCUGGGCUGCGUGUGGCAGUUCCCUUGCAUAUGGCCUCAACUGCUGCUACAAACUGGCAAUUAAAUCAAUGGUGUUCUUAGCAUGACAGCUGCUUCCCUGUAUGGCUUACUUCAAUUUAAGGCUAUAUUCUGUGCAGGCCCUAUGGGGGAGCUACAGGGAGGUAGAUGGUACAAACAAGGCUUAUCCUGGGAGGCAGGGACAUGGCAUGCAACAUUUAAUGCUGUACGACCUGUGCCCUUGUAGAAGUCAACACCAAUGCAAUUUAGUCCACUGGGGAAGGAGUGGGGAUGCUAAGCUGUGCCUUUUGGAGAAAAGGAGGAAGAAGGGGCUAGAGAAGGUGUGCGGUAGGGCUAGCCCCGCCCCCUUUGGCAGAUGGACAGCUGCCUGGCCUGCCUGGAGCUGGAGGGUAAGGGGUAAGGCAGCCUGAAGGAAAGCUGGCCCAGGGGGCAGGUUUGGGGGAGUCCGAGUGCCAGCUCCUCCCUGGGCUGCUAUGUGACAAAUACCACAUAGCAUGUAGGCCAAUCACUCAACCUCCUCAAGCCUCCGUUUCCUAACUUUGGAAAAACAGCAUAAUAGCACCUGCCUCACAGGGUGGGUGUAAGGGUAAAAUGAGAGAAUGCACGUCAAGAACUUUCCCACUGCACUUGGCUUUGACACAACAAGCACCCAAAUGGUAGCUGGAUUUUAGUGUGGACUGUGGUGGGGUCUCUCUCGGCGUGGUUCAAGUUUAGAAAGCAAACAUAGUAUAAUGCCGCCAGGAGUUUAUUCGAAGAGUUGUUAUUUUAAUUCUUACUGUCUGUCAGACCUUGCUGGAAUAAAGAUGUAAGACUUCUAAUCUCACCAAAUCUCUGCAAAGUAGGUAUAAUUACCCCCCAUUUAAUAGUCCAGACCAUGGAGGCUUCAGCCAGUGAGAUAAGGUGCUCAGGGACACACCCACCCAUUUCACAGGUGAGGGCCUGGAAGAGGCAAAUGAUCAGAAUAGAGGAAUUCUCUUGAUUUAAAAAAAUACUUUGUUAUAAAAGAAUGGUGGCAGUAAUACAUAGGAUGAGCAUGGGUGGGGAGCAGGUAUUGAGAGUAAUCAGGAUAAACUGUAAAUCAGGAAAAACAGGACUGAUAAGAAUAGUGGCAGCAGAAAGGGUUUCCCGGAAAGCGUACAACACCCCAUUGAUAAUACAACAAAAUGAUUUCAUUUUUAAUAGCUAAAUAUUUUAAUGUGUAUUAGAAAAAAAUAUACUUUCUUCAGUACACUCAGUUAUUUCCGAUAUUAAGACUCAGGAUUAAACUCAAGUAGGCAGCCCCAGGGAUAAUCUACCUUGUACAGACCACAUGAGUUACAGCCAGGGACCGUGUGAGUGGAGGGUUUAGGAAGGCCUGUAAAUACUUCGGACUUUCGACCUCCAGUCUCUGAACCUUCCCGUCUUCUCAAGGCUGGAGAGGGGCCGGGUAGCACCAUCUGCAGGCUGGAUGGGAAGAUGGAAAUGCAUUGCUGGCGUGGACUGUCAGGCUGAAUGUUUGUCCACACACGUUGCUGGAAGGCUUGCUGCUGACUGCACGCUGCUGUCUUUGGAAGCAAAAUCUAAGCACUGUUGUUUGUCUAGGGAAGCUCUCGCCAGAGCCACGGAAGGUGUGGAGCAUGGUUUGGACACAACAUUAAGGGGACUGUUUAACAUGGUCAACCCUAUAAAGAGCAUUCCCCCUUUUCUCUUGGAUUUGUGAAGAGAUGAUCAGUGACUCCUGCCUCCUAUCUGACGCACACUGGCGUCUGCACGUCGCAGUCCCACUCAUCUACAACCCUAGUUUUCAAAAGACUCUCUAGUCUCAGGAAGAAGCUGGUAAUCUACCAGCUCACACACAGUAUUAGGGACUGGCGUGGAAAUGAACUUGUAGGGAUAUUUGCAUAUAUGGACAAUGACUGUAUCCUCAUAGGGCAAGUUUACACCAAUACCACAAACCAGAGCUAUGAGGCGUAUUCCUUCAUCAUGCUGUUCGUUUAGAUCGCGAUCGAGGAAAAACAUUAGUUAUUGGCUGACCUCAACGACUCUCUUAAACUGUUUUGAACAUUAUGAAGAAACCCUUAAAAGACUUGAUGAAAGGUCUUCCAAGUAUUUUCCCACCUUGGAUGGCAGCAUGAGUAGACAGGAACCCUUUUCCAUCUGUUACGUUGUGAACAGGACCAGGUAACUCCAGAAUCUAGAGAUUCUGCCUGUGGCAUCUUCAAAGUCACCCGUAUCAUUGUAUUUAAGAAUCAGUGCUCAGUGUCUAAUUCAAAGACAUCGGUUAAGAUUUGCUCUCCUAUUAUGUGUGUUAGGAUUCUUGGUAGUGACUGUGUCAAACAAAAACCCUCUUGUUAAUGUAGGGUCCCACCUUUGUCUGAAACGUGGCAAUAUGGAGUGGACGGCCCUUUAGGACUGAUGGGUCACUCAGUAGUUCAUUCAUGUCACCAAGGAACUGAUUUCCAGGGAUGUACAGUACUUACUCUGAUAUAAUUACAUCUUUCCAUUAUGUUUUAGCAUUCUGAUUAUGGAAGGGACACUAUUUACAGUAGUGAUGAAAAUGUUCUUGAUAAAAUCUUGAGGGGCUAUAAGCCACCAUGGCACGUCUGUGUUGCGGAUAGUACAGGGGCACCACGGUACGAAGUCAAGAAAGGCUUCUCCUACUUUAGAAUGUUUUAGAGCUGCGGUCCCGCCUUCAUCACUCCUACACAGAGUCCGUGAGGUGUCACAGUCCUCUAGGGCAGGGGUCGCACCUUUUCUGUAAAGGCCAGACAGGAAGGACUUUCAGGUUUGCGGGCCAUAUGGUUUCUGUUGUCACUGCUCAACUCUGCCACUGUAGUGACAGCAGCCACCUAAGCACAGGAGCAGGCUGUGUUCAAGGCUUUAUGAAAAUGGGCGGUAGGCUGGAUAGUGCCUGUGGGCCCUGGUCACCUGCUGAGCCCUGCUCUAGGGGACUGGGGAAUUAGGAGGACCUCGCUGAGAGGUCAUUCUCAUCUACCUUCACGCCCUGAGAGUUUCUGAUCUAGAGUAAGGACAAAGGGGGAGGCGCAGGGAGAAUCCUUCCCUAAGUGUCUCUGUUAAAGGGCAUUUACAAAUGGGCACGAGGCCUUUUCAAAGGGAAAGACUAUUUUUGGAGUUCCAAUGACGUUGUUAGAAAUAUUAAACUAAAAUAAUUAAAUGUAAUACUCUCCCUCAACCAUAAAUUUUUCCUUAUGGAGAAUUCUUGUAUCCUUUUCCUUAGCCAUGAGAAUGUGAUGCAGAAUUUUAGUAUUUCCACUGGGGAUCAUUAGAGAGGGGAAGAGGUACAGGGGAUUGGGAAUAGAAAGGGUAGAUAAAGCAGUAGAGAGCCAGAACUCGUUUUGAGAGGAGAUGUAUGCAAAUAAAUAAAUGUUGGCCUUAAAACAGCACACUUGCUUUUAAAAGAAGGCCUGACCUAGGGCCGGCCGAGUGGCUCAGUUGGUUAAGAGUUUGCUUUAAGAGCAUGAGCUCUGUGCAACAGGG